CAAACCAAUUUAUAGACACCGAUCGACUUUGCUGUUCCAUCUAUUUGAAGGUUGAAAAAUGAAACUUAAAAAUUAGUCAGUUGUCAACUUCUCGUGAUUAACACUGUGUACUUCUGAGUGAAUCCAUAUUAUUAAAAAAAAAUCAGCAUCGAAGCAUAAACCAACCUGAUUAGAGUGUUAAUUUAUUAAGUACAAACGUUGUGCUAUAAAAUUUAUAACCAUGUGUGCCUAUUCUAUUUGACUUUUGUAAAAAUAUUAUCAAUAAUUUAAUCAGCUUUCACGAUAAUUUCCAUUGUUUUAAAAGUGGGUUUUUAAACAGCUUAAAUAAUACAUUACAAUACUGCACAAGUAUGACACAUUUAGUUAGUGGCCGUGCUUAAAGUUUUUUUUGGAAUGACGUUGAAUCAAUAACCAGGACUGAAUAAGUUGUUGACAUUGGUUCACACAUGGGAACACACUGAAUAUUUUAAAUUGUUAGCUAUUUAAAAAAAAAUAUAAAAUGGGGAAGUAUACAGGAAAGAAAUGCCGUUUACUAUCUAUGUUAUGGCUAACAGGAAGCUUUUUCAUAGUUGAGUUAGUUGUUGGAUAUGUUACAAAUUCCAUGGCAUUGGUAGCAGACUCCUUUCAUAUGUUGAGUGAUGUUGCGGCUCUUGUCAUUGCUUUUCUCUCAGUAAAGAUGUCACCGAAGAAAUGGUCAAAGAACACGUUCGGAUGGGCGCGCGCUGAAGUGCUCGGUGCCUUAGUUAAUGCAGUCUUCCUUGUGGCACUGUGUUUCAGCAUCACAGUGGAGGCAGUUCAGAGGUUUAUCAAUAUUGAGACGAUACACAAUGCGAAACUAUUGGUCGCUGUGGGAACGUUGGGGCUGGUUUUGAAUAUUGUUGGACUAUUCCUGUUUCAUGAACACGGCAGCAGUCAUGGCCACACACACGGCGGAGUUCCACCUCCAUCGAAUGUCAGACACCUCACAGAGUUAGUAAAUAGCAAUGCGGACAUGGCCCUUGGGCAUGCGACCACAGAUAAUGAAGAGACUGACGAAAUGGUACCACCCAAAGUUGACAAGCUACCGAAGAAGCAAGCGCCAAAAAGUACAGACCCAGGGCACUUAAAUAUGAAGGGAGUGUUUUUACACGUGCUCUCCGAUGCAUUAGGCUCAAUAAUAGUGGUUAUAUCGGCAUUAGUUGUAUGGUUGACUGAAUGGGACUACCGAUUCUACAUUGACCCAGCCCUUAGUAUAGUAUUAGUUAUUUUAAUACUUACCUCAGUGUGGCCACUAUUGCGGGAGUCCGCACUUAUUUUGCUACAAACUGUACCUACACAUAUACAGGUGGACGCAAUACAAAGGCGUCUGUUGGACGAAGUGGACGGUGUGUUGGCGGUACAUGAAUUUCACGUGUGGCAAUUGGCUGGAGAUAGGAUUAUUGCCAGUGCGCAUAUAAGAUGUAGAAACUUAUCAGAGUACAUGAAGAUAGCUGAAAAGGUGAAGGAAUUCUUCCACAACGAAGGAAUUCAUUCUACAACGAUACAGCCUGAGUUUGUGGAGUUACCCUUAGAUGGAAAUGAGAUGAUCAGCUCGUCAGCAGAGGCUCCAUGUGCGUUACAUUGCCCGGCGAACGACUCGUGCCAUAACGCUACUUGCUGUGGCCCCAACCAACAGAAACAAAGUACACCAUCGCCGACCGUCACUCCGUACAUGUGCCGGCAGAGGAAUAUGGGAUCCCGAACGGAGUCCCUGAACUCGAAUCUAGGUACAGGGAAUCAGGCAAAUCCGACUACAAGGAAUUUAGAUGCCUUAGAAUGCGGGUCCCUUUUGCCAUCUCCUAUGGGAGAGAACCGACUCGCAGUGUGACAGACGGCCUCCUAACACACAACCAGCUUCUCCCCAAUACACAUUAGUUGUGUUACAAAUUAUAUAUAAUGUUUGGAAGUUAAUUUUUUGCUGGAUUUUGUUUUUCAAAUUUUAGGGAAUUCAAGUAUUCAUAUUUUAAAGAUGACUUAUUGGAGCACAUUCAAACAAACUUUUAUCUUUAUAGACUUGAAUUAUAACAAAAAAAAUUGCUAAAUUAUUUGGUCAACAAAACUUUUGGCGUACUUAAAACCUGUGCCUAUAUUUAUUAAAUUACAACAAAGUUAUCAAAGAAAAAAUUAAAAAAAAAGCAGCGCUCGGUGAGCAUAAUUGGAACUAUUAUUAAAUUCAAUUAUAUAAUUAAUAUGAAAAAGAUUUGUAGGUUUUAAAUUAACCAUAGACGUACAAUAAAGUUAUAUAUAUAUACAGCCUAUAUUUAUUUAGAUUUUUUUUUAUUGUAUAUCAAAAAUCAUCUUUAAAAUAUGAUUUUACUAUAACGCACACUACCAAAACGUGUCAGUAUUGUUAAAUAUGCUACCAAAUAAACAAUAGGAAUGUGUUCUUAGAAAUAAGCGUUUCAAAUUAAAUAUAUAUACCCCAAGUUGUUGCCACGGAAGAUACGGAAUUUAUAUCGACUAAUCGAAGAAUAAAAUAUGAUUUCAUCAUUUAAAUUCUGGAGCUGUUAAAUAUUAAGUUUGACAAUUGCCAGUGCCUCAUUUGUUUCAUUGAUAAUUUUAGCUUUAAUGAAAUUCAUGUAAAACCUGCUUGAGUGUUUUAAAAAUGCUUCGUCUUACAUAUAAAUAUCCCUUGAUUUUUUUUUAUAUUAACCAUAAAACAUCAAUAUUAUUCUUCGAUCAGUUUAAAGUUGUCAGUUCAAAAAAUCGGUUGAUAGUAUUAGGGAAGUUUUCGGCAGUAAUUUCGUUAGUAUUUCUUCAUAUAAGAAUUACAAACAUUUUGUUGAUUUAUUUGUUUUGCAUAGAUUCUUAUGUUUUGGAUUAGAAGGCUAUCCAAAAUAUUUACAACUAGACAAAUCUAUGAUAAUAUGUCAACGACAUUUUGUUACAAUUUUUGUGGUAAAUUGUUGCGUUGAGUCUCUUGAAAUGUGUUGCCAGCAUUUCUUUGAUUUCUAUUUAAAGGUAAAUUAGGCAUAUAAGUAUACCAGGGUUGAUAUAUUAGAAUAUUUCCAUUCAUAUGCACAGUUUCAAUAUAAGUACAAGCAUUGUAGUUAUAUAUCAUGUUCAUUAACCUAUUGAUUUUAUUAUCUAAAUUAAUAUUGAAUACUUGAAGAUAAAGUAUUUUCAAUUUGGCCAAUUUGUGGUAAUACGAACAUUAAUCGAAUAGUCAUUGAGCAACGCUUCGUAUAUAUUUGGAACAAAACGGAAAAUGUAACAGUUAAGAAUACUUGACAUAAAUACCUUAAAGUAUUCACAUACGUCAAUAUGAGUAACAGGUAUGAAAUGGAAACGCGCUUCCAUACUUUUUAAUACGCCCACAGAGCGCUUAAGUUAAAACUUCCUUCUUACUUUUCUAUUGGCUAUUCGAUUAUUGUUCGCGAUAGUCUAUUGACUAUUCUCUAUGGCUGAUGUAAAGUUUACCCCUGACUGGGCGCUAACGUAUGUCUAUAUAAUAAUACUAUAUAAGUUCUAUAUAACAUUCUCGUUAAAAAUUCAGUACAAUAAACCUGUCUUUCAUUUAUAUAAUAAUAUUUAAUUUGACCGGAUCAAGAACCGUACUAAAUUAGAAUUGUAAAAUAAAUUAACACUAAAUAAACGUUGUUUCUACGCGGUAAAUUAAUAGACUAGUUUAAAAAAGGUGAUAUAAAUAUUUAUUUGCUAGACAUGUUGUUAAAAUGAAACAGGAAUAGUAUUUUAUAUUUUUAUUUAGAUUGUUCCAAGCAUUGUUCACACCAAAUAUAGUGUGCAUUUUUAGGUUAAGUAAUCUAAGAUAAUUUGUGACAAUAUAAAAUUAAAUUAUAUCUUGUAGUGUUAUUUUACAAAAAUAAUGGAUCGUUGAUAAAUUAUUUAGACAAAAAAUAAUAACUUGGAGACCUUCGUAUUAACCAAACGUAAAUAUUUCGACCAGGCUAAGGUUUUUCGACCAUACUGUCUUUAUAAUAUCGAAGAUAUAUUUUUAAAAAAAAGCUGACGAAGAUUCUCGAAUAGAGACUAGAAAUGUUACACAUAUUUGUUACAUUCAAAAUGUCAUCAUUCUUUACUUGAAUAUUUAAAGUGAAAAUUAAAUAAAAAUUAGUUUUGUAUUGUCACAAAUUGAAAUAUGUAUUAACAAAAAUUGUUUUUUAUACUUAAAAAAUGUGAUCGUCUUAUUAUAAGAAAAUUACUAAAAAUUCAUUAAAUGGUUUGUAAACGCCUUCUAACGUUCGUAAAGAUCUUGAACGCUUUAUCGUUAAAUCAAACGUUAUGAUAGUGAAAUAUGUUAUAGGUAAAUACCAGAAUAAGCUUUUCAAGUUUUAUACUUUAUUUAUACAAUUAUGCAUAAUUUAUAUGUGUGUAGACUCGGCUUGGGUUCGGUCAUAUUUGGGUUUCAAUAUUUUGCAAAAAAUUUUUUUUGCGACGUAUCGAAAUCAUGGCGGUUAAAAUAACAAGUUGGAAGAUAUUUUUUGUGUAUACGGACUUUUCUUUUGAUAUAAAGCUGUACACAAUUUGCAAAAUACUGAAAAUCAAAUGUAUGUAUGUUUGAGACAUUGACAAAGUGCUGUUGUUAUGGUUCGAAUGUUAGUGAAAUUGUGAAAAUUUUCACAGUUAAUAAAAAUGUACGAAUUAAA